CGUUGGAAAAUGUAUGAAUUUAGUUUUUGAAACGCCGUCAUAGGCGCUACUGUUGCCUUCGCUGCUGAAAAUUCACUCCCAGACAACGCCAAGAGAAGCGGGAAAAACAAGCAAAGAAUUCACGGCAAAUUAUUUAAAAAGAGUGUGCGAACGGACGGGCGACGACAUCGGGCCCUGGAGAAUUUAACAGCAAUAACACCGGAAAAAAAAUAGAAACCACCAGAGGGAAUAGUCUAGAAUAGUCCGGCGGACCGCAAGCAGUUCAAGCGACUACGAAAUGCCGUUUGUGACGCCCCGUGCGGGGACAAGCAGCGCAAGCAGUGCGCCCGGCGGACGCACCACGUUCCGUCCGCCAUGGGUGAAGGACGACGGCGGCACCACUGCCAGCAGCAGUACCACAAAGCCCACUGCCACUCCGUGGGCAAAGAAGACAGCGACGACGACGACCGCCACUCCGGCAGCAAAGGAAAAUGGAGAAAAGUCGACUGCAACCAAGCCAAAAGCAACUGCUACCACGACUGCAGCCGCGAAGAAGACUGCGACCCCGGAACCGGCCAAGAAGACGACAGAGCCUGUAAAGAAAUCUUCACUGGCCACAAGCACAACGGCGGCCAAGAAGACACCAGAACCCGUUAAUACCAAGAAGGCACCGGAGCCAGUCAAGAAAGUGGCGCCCACUGUGGGGCCCAAGAAGCCAGUAGCCACCACUUCUGCGCUCAAAAAGAAGAAGGAGCCGACACCACCACCCGAAUCCUCCUCGGAGGAGGAAGAGAGCGAGGAGGAGGAAGAGACCGAAGAGGAAACCGAGUCUGAGGAGGAGGAAAGCGAAGAGGAAAGCGAGUCCGAAGAGGAGGAGAGUGAGGAAGAGGACACCACCGUGGACGAGAAGGUGCCCGAGCACGUGAAGAAGGCGGCCCAACUGCGACCCACCACCGUCAACAAGAAGCCGGAACCGGAAAGUGAGUUGACCCAACGUUUUACCAUGGAGAAACCCAAAUUACGCAGCGUGGUGGUCAAGCGGGAUAAGUCCUUGAAAAAGAUGGCCACCGAGGACGACGACGAGGCCGAGGAGGGCGAAACGGAGGAGGAGCGCGACCGGCGGCGACGUUUUAAAUUAGAGAAGCCCAAGCUGCGGCAUGUCAAGCGCGAGGAGAAGCCUUUGCCCAGCAAGAGCACCGACGACCUGGCCAAAAUCCGGCCCGUGCUCAAGAAGGUACCCAAGAUCGAUGAGCUCCUCAAGGAGCCGAAAGAGGAGCCCAAGCCCGAGUUCACGACCAAGACCCUACGCAAAGCGUCCAUAAAGCGCGAGCCGAGCAUCAAGAGCGUUCCCGCCCCGCCGCCGCUGCCCUCGCUGGUGCCCAAGGCCCCGCCACCGCCGCCCCCGCCCCUAGCUCCCGGUGAGAAGAGAGUGCUCAGCAGCACACAGAAGGAGACCCUCGAGAAGCUCAGGACUCGACCCCGAAGGCGCCCCGACUGGUCCGAGAUGAUGAAGGAGGUGGAGAGCGGCAAGAAGCUGCGCCAUGUGGCCUGCAACGAUAGAUCUCAGCCCAUCCUGACGUGCAAGUCGAUAACCAAGUUGGACGACAAGUUCAUCUACGAGACGGAGAAGGGCAACUCGCACAACAAGCUGCUCAAACAGAUCCAGGGCGGCAUCAAGUUGAAGCCAACCAAGACCAACGAUCGCAGCAAGCCGGUGCUGGACGGUCUGCGCAAGUUCCGACGACAGAUGACCAUCGAGGAGCAGCUGCAGAAGUCGCAGUCGAAGAUCAACAUGCUCAGCGAGGCGCCCAGCAGCCAUGCACUCGGACCGGGCAGUGCCACGGCCUUGGGAGCCGGAGGAUCUCGGCCCAGCAUCGUAUCGGCCAUGUCCAUCGACGAGGAGAGUCCCGACGAGCUGGACGACAUCGACAAGAUCCGCGACGAUCUGCAGAGCACCAAACAAAUGCUGGCACUGGAGCUGCGCAACCGCGAGGCGCAGGAUCGCGAGAACAAAAAGCUGCUGGCCAAAAUCCGUACCCUAGAGACCGAACUAGAACGCGAGAAGUCACGCGAAAAGAAUCUCGAGUACGGAUCCAAUGUGAUUGUGGCCACCAUGGAUCCCACGCCCACCGCCGAACAGACCUACGUCAACUCCCUGAAGCGCGAGGUGGAGGACGCACGCAAGGUGUCCAAGGAGGUGGAGCAAAACUAUCAGAGCACCGCCGAGCAGCUGGUUGAGGCCAAGACGGAGAUCGAGGAGCAGCGCCGCCAGAUUCAGUUGCUCGAACGCAAGUUGGCAGCAGCUUUACAGGCGACACCAAGCACUAACAGACCGCACAUUAGUAAUUGCUUUGCUUACGACGACGACGACUACGACGAUUGCUUCCACUACGACCACUACCAUGCUGCACGGCACCAGGGCGGUGGAUCCUUGGACGGAUCGCGUCGACCAAGCGAUGCCAACUUCGGGAGAGAUAGCUCGCCGGAACUGGAGCCUGAGGUCAGCGAAAGCGAUCCUGACGAGCCGGAGGAGAAGAAGGUGGAGCGCAGGGAGCGUCGCUCUGGCAAGGAGCUGAAGAUUCUGCGCAGCAAGCUCACCAAACUGAAGGUCAAAGAGGAGGCGGCCAAGAAGGAGAAGGACGCCCUCAAGCAAGCCAUGAAGAAGAACCAGGGCAUCCUCAAGGAGGAGAACAAGAAAUUCAAGAAGCUGGAGAAGGAGGUGCAGAAAAUGGCUGCCUCCAUGAAGCUGGACGAGGACGAUGUGGACGGCGAGGAGAAGGACGAGGACGAAGAGGAGGCCGAGGAGGAGCAUGCCAGCGAGGAGGAGGAGGAGUCCGACGACGAGUCCGAGGAGUCCGAAUCGGAGGAAAGUGAGGCGGAGACGGGCAGCGAGUCCGAGCCAGAGGACUCGCCCAACUCCGCGAAGAAGGCGAAUGUGGAGCCGCGCGUGAAGAAGCACGAGAGCCGGUUCGCGGCGAUGAAGAAGUGCAAUGUGCUGCUCCAGGCGAACGUCGACAAUUUGCAGGAUCAAAUUGUGCAGGUGCGAUCGCGGGCCACCAAUCUGCAGGACGAACUGGACGCGGUUAUUGCCGACUUGGGCUUCUAGUCCCUCAGCUUGUCUUCCGUUUCUGUUUCCGUUCCUUGCUCUGUUUUUUCGAGUGUGUGUGCUUCGAGAAUAUAAACAUAAACAAUAAUAAACAAACAAACAAACGAAAAACUA